UUUAGCACAAAAAUAACAAGUUAGGCGAGCAGGAAAUAAGAGAAUAUUUUGCACAUUUUUACAAAUUUGAAACGCAGAGAGAAACCUGACACGUAUAGAGAGCAAGAAGAGUGGAGAAUGGUGGCAAAUUAUGGCGCCACACCUUUGGGCUUUCCUUUAUACCUGGAACCCACCCCCGUUGAUCUCUUUGCAACCGCCGCUUCUCUCCGUCUCGGCCGCCUCCUCCGCCGCCGUAUUACCCAUCACCUCUGCCUUUCCUUCACUCACUAUUCCUUCCAUAAGAAAUUUGCUCCCCUUAAUGACAUCUCUUCUAAAGUGAAGGAUGCAUGGUGUCCAAGAGCUCUCCAUUUUCCAGGAUUAAAUUUUCUUGAAGUAUCUAAGGAUAUUAUAUCAUCCAAUUAUUCUGCUUGUUUGUUUCUCUUUGGUGGCGGGAAAACUGGGAACAGCUUAAGAAAUGAGCGGAAAUCUGACUGGAAAACUUCAAAUAGAAAUCCACUGAACAAUCAAAGAUGGACCAAUAUUCUUCUUGCUGUUAAUAUUUUAACUUACCUGGCACAAGUCGCCUCACAAGGAAAGUUACUCCUAUGGGGAGCUAAGAUAAAUGGGCUAAUUGAUCAAGGACAACUAUGGAGGCUGGUCACGUCUUCUUUUUUGCAUGCAAAUAUUGGGCACUUGAUGGUUAACUGUUAUUCUUUAAAUUCUAUUGGUCCUGCUGUGGAGAAAAUCUCUGGUACUCGGAGAUUUCUUGCAGUGUACUUUGCCUCAGCAAUUGCAAGUUCAUCAGUGAGUUAUUGGUUCUGCAACGCACCUUCGGUUGGUGCAUCUGGAGCAAUCUUUGGAUUGGUUGGAUCCUUUGCUGUGUUUGUUGUGAGACAUAGGAAACUGGUUGGUAGGGGCAAAGAAGAUCUUCGACACAUCGCUCAUAUUAUUCUUUUAAAUAUGGCUAUUGGGAUGAUGUCCACAGGCAUCGAUAACUGGGGACACGUAGGAGGGUUUAUAGGGGGGGCUGCAAUAUCAUGGCUUCUUGGACCUGCCUGGAAACAUGAAUCUUCCUCUGCAUUUGGUGGAACAGCCUUUUCAGACAAGGCUCCAAUUUUUUACCUCAUCAAUUGGAGGAAAAGAACAUAGCUGGUCAUCCCAACACUUGAAAAAGGUAUUGUAUCUUUUAAAAAAUUGCACUCAGUAACUCUAUUUUCUUGAAUAUUAAGGGAAUAUUGCAUAGGGUUAUUAUUAGGGGUGAGAUAGAAAUUUUGGAAAGUCGACCAUAUUGGUCGGUCGGGGACUCGGUUCGGUAUCCAUUCACCAGUGGGCUGGUCAUUGGCUGGUUUUUUACGAUUCAACACUGACCAUCGAUCGGUUAAAGGAGUUUAAGCUCUCUUUCCAACCUACUGUAUGAAAAAAAAUGUAAUGCUAUGAAAAAUGAGAUAUGGCAGAGUGGGGAGAAGAGGGAGGUGAAAAUGUAGAACGGUAAGGUUUUAUUUAUUUGUACUGCAACCAAACCACGAGUCCUUGGCUUCGAUUAUUCCCGAUCGACUCAUUGUAUAACCCUGCUUGGCCAA